CACAAGAGGCUGCUUUGUUUAACAGCACUGAACAAAGUAUGGGUAUCACUGAGUUUAAUGCAAUCUGUGGCAGAAAAAAAUCAAAAUACAACAAAAACGACUUAAUGCGCAGCUGCAGUGUCAGCACUUUCAUGCGGCCUGUGAUCCUCUGAAGUCAAUCAUUACACCAAAGGUACACAACUCCAGCCAGUGUCUGGCCAGAUUGUUGCCACACUGCCUAACCUCUGAGCAGGAGUCCAAACACAGCAGGCUUCCACAGGAAUACACCAGCUUCAUAUCACAUUUGCAACCUACACAGUCAUCAGACUUGACCGUAAACAAGACUUACAAGAAGUGUGAUGACUGAACAACACAAAAAAAGCUCUUAAAAAUUGUGAAUUUGAGGACAUUUCUGCUCAGAUCCACUGAAUUAUCAAUGGCCCGUGUUCUUUCCUUGUUCCGGUCUCAGCCUUUUCUGCGUCUUGUGGCGAGGAGAAAACCCACGUUCUGCAAAAUGUCAAUGGACACGCGGGCACGUGAAGUGUUUGCAGCUGCAGUGGAAGCCGUGCAGCCAGAUACUGUGGUCCGUCAAAGUAUCAAGCGCAAGGAGGACUCUGUUGUUAUUGAUGGUCGCACAUUCACGCUCAAACACAACCUGCACUUGGUGGGCUUUGGAAAAGCUGUGCUGGGAAUGGCUGCUGAGGCAGAGAGGAUUGUGGGUGAUCAUUUAGUGAAAGGAGUCAUAAGCGUGCCACAUGGGAUUCAGCAAACAUUACAGCAGCACGGGAAAGACCAUCUGCUGCUAAAAGAAAACAGCCGUAUCAAAGUAAUAGAGGGAGCUAAACACAACUUGCCUGAUGCUGAUGCCCAGAAGGCAGCUGAGAUGAUCAAGCAUUUAGCCAGUGAGCUGACAGAGAAAGACUUGCUUCUUGUACUGAUUUCAGGUGGGGGCUCUGCAUUGCUACCUGCACCCAUCCCGCCAAUCACCUUGCAAGAAAAGCUACAUGUUACCCGCAGACUUGCAGGUGCUGGUGCCACUAUUCAGGAGCUGAACACCAUACGUCGUGCCCUUUCGUUGUUAAAGGGUGGAGGGCUUGCACAUCAUGCUCACCCUGCACAGGUUGUUGCACUGAUACUAUCUGAUGUGAUUGGGGAUCCUCUUGACUUGAUAGCUAGUGGCCCCACAGUGAUGAGUCGGGUGUGGCCUGAGGAAGUUUUGUCAAUCCUUGAACGUUACAAGCUGUUAAACUUGCUUCCGACGUCAGUAAAGGAAGUCCUUGACAAACCAAAUUGUAGGUGGAAAGAGAAUAAGGAUGAAUCUGAUCCAUCGGGACAUGUUCUCAAUGCUGUGAUUGGUUCCAACAGUGUUGCCCUUAAACGCGCUGGUCUCCGGGCUCGAGAGCUGGGCUUCCUCCCUGUAGUCCUUUCGCCAAGUGUGUGUGGAGAUGUGCGGUCUGUGUCUAGACUCUACGGCAUGCUGGCCCGCUUUGCCUGUUCUCGAGAGGAACCUCCUCCUGACAUCGCCACUGAGGUGUUGAAGCUGGGCCCUGAAGUUGGUGUGGAGAGCUGGGACCUCUGCCGUACAAUGCAGGUUUUGGAAGAAGGGCGUACAGAGGGAUGGGGUGCCACAUGUCUGUUAGCUGGAGGCGAACCCACUGUGGAGCUAACAGGCAAAGGCCGAGGUGGUCGGAACCAGGAGCUGGCUAUGCGAGUGGGGCUGGAACUGAGAAGCCUAGGGCUUCCGCCUAAAGGGCCAGUCUUUCUGAGUGGGGGCACUGAUGGUCAGGAUGGACCCACUGAGGCAGCAGGGGCGAUUACUGAUGGCGGUUUGUACGAUGAAGCGAAAGGUCAGGGCCUGGACAUCGACAACUUCCUUAUCAACAAUGAUUCUUACACGUUUUUUUCUCGUCUUUCUGGUGGGCAGCGUUUACUCGCACCCGGCCUAACUUGCACGAAUGUAAUGGAUGUGCACAUGCUACUGAUUCCAGCUAUUCCUAUUAACAUUAGAUAAUCCCAAAACACAAAAAAUUUAAGGAAACUGAACCUGUUUUUCAACUCUAUGCAGACAUUUUUGCACCAUAUUUAUGAAUCUAAAUGAAAGAUUGUGUUGGUAAAUAAAGAUGUAAUUGAAAAAACCCCCACACAUAUAUAUGUAAAAGUAUUACAACACAAACAGUAAAUGAAGAAGUGUGAGGGUGGGAGUUAGCACUGUCGUCUCACAACAAAAAAAGUUCCUGGGUUUCCUGUGGGUACUCCAGCUCCCUCCCACGUUUUACAAGGACUGAGUAUAUAAUUUAAAUUUCUGGAAAUACACACUGCCGUUAUAAUAGUAAUAAAAACACUUGUACAGUUUAAAAAUCUCCACCAUCCUUUAGUGGUUUUAAUGAGAUGUUUUGUUAGAAUUGUUCUAUUUUUUUUCUUUAGUUUUGUUGUUGUUGUUUUUAAUUUAUUAUAGUUUCCUGAGUGGUUUUACUCAUUUUAGUUUCAGUGUGAAUAUGUUUAGUUUUGACCAGUUUCAGUAUUAGUUUUAAGUCAUUUUUUAAUUAUUAAGGCAUGAUUUAGUAAUGGUAUUGAAAUAAAAACAAUAACUUUUUGACUUAACUCAAAGUCUUUUACACGUCCAAACAUGUUCAUCAAAGCCUCAUCAGGCAAGUUGUGGUAAAAAAUUUUUUUAGUAACUAAAGUAAUUAAUUUUAAAACCGAAGAUAUUUUCUGUAAUUUUAUUUCAGUUUUUUUUUCAGGUUCCAAAAA